GUGAGCAUGGGUGAGCCUUUACAUCACUGGUGGGAUGUGGGAAAGUAGUCCGACAUCACAGAGUUGUGUCUUUUUCUUUUUGCUCCACUUGGCUUGACUGUCUUGGGCACAGCGAUUGAUGAAUCAUGAAUCUGUUUUGCUUCACUCUGGAUGGCUCCUCAGAGAGCAUCUAUGAAGCACCCCACGAUUCAUCACUGAAGGACGUGUUACCAAAGUACCACUGCAGCCCUCUUCUAAGGCGUAGAGCUCAAUGGACUGGCUCAGAUCCAAAUAUCAGUUAUGUCCAAACAUCAAAUAAUGCACGAUUAAAAAGAAACAAUAGAAGGUCUUGUAUCCCAACUUCAGCAAUAGAAAACGAAAGAUCAGAAACAGAUUAUACUUGUUGGACAGCAUCGGCUCUCGGAAAUGAUGUUCAUGAUCAAGAGACAGAACGAAGGACGGUCAGCUGUCAAAGCAGCACUGAAGAUCCAACGAAGGAGCUGAAGUCUGGAAAGACGAAAGAUGCUCUACCAGUUCAGAGUGGUAAAAGUGCAGAAGAGAAAGAUGGAGCGCUGACUUCCACAGCAAGAAGAUUGAAGAUGUUUCAUGAUUUGGUGCAAGCCAAAAAAAGAAAUCAGGAUGCUUCUGGAAAAGGAAAGAACCGGCCGAAUAAGAGCAAUAAUUCAUCACACGUGUUAAGUAACAGCAACCCGGUGUUGACCUGCAUCGGCCUCGGCAAACGGACUGAGAAAAAAUCUUCUGGAGACGCUCAGCAAGAAGAAGUAAAAACCCCAAAUGAGGAUUUAAGGACGAAAUGUGUUUGGAACCCAUCUGAGUGUUCUCAGGCCUGUUCGCCUUUCUAUUCUACGUGCCACCCACCUGGACACGAGCCGCCGUGGCUUUGCGCUAGCCACUUGUUGCUUCCUCAGGCAACGCAAUGGGAACGCUUUGAGAGUCUGAUUCGGGAACUGGACAGAAAAGAAUUGGAAUUUUCAUCAGCCACAAUUGCAGAUUCAACCAGAGAUAUUCAACCCACACAAGACAAGAUGAUCAAAUUUGGAGAUUUUCACACCCGCACGGCGCUGUCGCCUUUGAUGAAAUCACAUGAUACACGCUCUUUGCUGGAAAAGAAUGGAUCCAAACCAAGCCAGAACCAGACUGAGGACCCACCACGGGCUGACACCACAGCGGAGAAAGAAGUUACAGCUGUCAUCCGUGUCGACACCCCAAAAGCAGAAUCUAAGAAGAGAGAAUCUGGUGUCGGAAGGAUACUCGCUGAAGGAUGCAAGCUCUCCAGUAAUUCAAUGGAAAGCCUCUAUAGUCGACAAAGUUCCUCAAGUGGAGUCACAAGUGAUUGUUCCAGUAACAGAGACAGUCUCCGGCUGGAGGAUGAGCUGGUUUGCGCAAGACACUUCUGUGGUCGAGCGAGAGUCCAUACAGAGUUUACGCCGAGUCCGUAUGACACGGAAUCCCUCAAACUCAAGGUUGGUGACGUGAUUGACAUCAUCCACAAGCGCCCCAUGGGAAUAUGGACUGGGAUGCUGAACAACAAAAUAGGCACCUUUAAAUUCAUCUACGUGGAUGAGUUCACGGAGGAACUUCCUGAGACACACAAAGCAAGACAAAAAUGUCGAUCCACUAUCCAUGAAGUGUUGAGGCGCCUCAGUUUGGAGGAAUAUUCCAAUUCUCUGCAGCAGAACGGCUAUCAAACAGUAGAUGACUUAAUGAGGCUGAAGGAGCAUCACCUGACAAAACUCAAAGUGACUGAUCCAGAGCACAGGCAUCGUCUGCUCGCUGCUGUCGAGUCCUUGCAACAACUGCGUUACACUAAUUGUCACUUGGAGAAGGAGCCCAAUCAAGAGGCCAAGACGGAGAACACCAAAGGAGACACAAAUACCUGCCUGAGAGACUCUGGCUGCCACAUGACCUCUGACAUCAGCCGAGAGGACACAGAGCUUCAAUUUCCUUGCGAACCUGUGCAGAUGACAGCUUCGUGAAAUGAUAUCUAAUGGCCCGAACCAAUGUUUAUAUUUACUUGCAUCAACAUAAUUAUAAACAUUGUACAGGGGCAUGCUCAUGUUGAGCUCGGACUCCCAACCCCAACAAUUUAUCCGAGCAAAUGUAAGAUUUCUGUUUGCAGAAGUAAAAUAUUUUAUGUGAUG